UUUCAAUAAGAAGUGUAAAAUGUCUGUUCUUGGACCAUGAGUUAAAUGUUAGAUUGAGGAAAAGAAAAUGCUUCCCUAACUUUAAGAAGCUUAUAACCAGACAUGUAAAUACAAUUUCAGUGUGAUAAGAGUUAAAACAGAGAUAAACAGAGUUUACUGGGAACAUUGAUUAGGAAAAUGUGGUGAAGAGCCUUUCCAUCAUGCUAAGGACUUUGGACUUGAUUCAAAAACAAUGGAGAGCCAGUGAAUGACUGAUUAUUCAAAAUAAAGUUGCAGCCAUCUUCAGCAAGGUUCAAUGAUUUAAAAAAUUUUAUAAAGAAAUUUCCAAGUUAAAGAUGAAAGAAAAAUACUGGAAUUAUUUGGAUUCUAACUGACAGGAUAAAGAACACAGAAUUUCCCAGUUACAUGUAAUGGAACCGCAGUAAAAUUCAUCACUUUGGUAUGCACCCAACUGGGAACAUGGAUGUUGGUUUUUCUCGUUCUGCUGUUCAGACACUGUCAAGAAGCCACUGCAAAAACAUCAAACAAAAAAUUUCUCAGUGGGAAGGAAGGACUAAUGGUAUAUCUAAUCCAGAUAAGUGGCACCGAAAGGACUUUGGAACGAAAUAUAGUAACUGUCAUCAGGAGAUUCUUCUUAAGAAGAAUCGUGUUGCUGAGGGAAAGAGCAAAAAGUUGGAUGCAACCAACUCUCAAAACAUUGGUCUAGAUGUUAAUGAAGAUGCCAAAAGCCGGGAUCAAAGUGAGGAUGAAAGUGAGAAACGUGAAGGUAACGAUACUCACUUCUUUAAAAGUGAAUCAGAAUCCAACUGGGUAUGUUCCCGUGUCAAACAAAUUGAAAGCUGGAAAGAAGUUGCUUUGGAUCCAGAGACUUCAUUACCUCCAGGAAAUUUCUAUACCUCACAGAUACUGUGGAAGAAAAUCGAGGCACUUCCCCCAGAUAAAGUCCUCAAUUUGGCUCUAGAACAUUGUGUCUCUUCAGAAAAGGAACUGAGUUUCAGAGUUCUGGAGAGUUCCUAUGGAGUAACCAAGAGCUUGGAAAAUAUCUAUUCUGAACCGGAAGGACAAGAAUGUGGACCUUCUAUAAAUCCUUUGCCAAAACCUCGUAGGACAUUCAGAUAUUUGUCUGAAUCUGGUGUUAUGCCAUGUAAAGAAAGAAACUGUGACAGAAAACACUGUGAAAAUAAUUCUUGUGCAGAGUCUUAUUUGGCCUCUUCUCAGGAACCUGAACCAAAGAAAUAUGGGGGGAAAAUCAGAGGGAGAUCUAAAAGGAAAUCCUUUGAAUUUGAAGACAUUCAGCACUUCCGAAAUCAGAACACACAGAAGAUGCAUGAAGAACUUGGAAGAAAUUCUGGCUCAGCACUUUAUUACACACAGUCUGAGGACAAUAUCUAUGAGGAUAUCAUAUAUCCCACCAAAGAAAAUCCAUAUGAAGCUAUUCCAUUGCAGUCUUUUCCCAUGUGGAGAUCCCCUUCAGCAUGGAAGCUUCCACCCCCCAAAAGUGCCUUCAAAACACCCAAGCUUCCUCCCAAACCUCCAUUCCUUCACCGGAAGACCAUGGAACUGAAGAACUCGCAAGCUUAUUUAAGGUCAAAGUUCACAAAGGAUACCACUUUGCCCGUCACUUUAACUGAAUGGAAGCUCUUCCGAGCUGGAGAAGUUGCAAGCAGGAAAAGAAAAAAUGUUCCAAGGCUUGUAUUGAGAAUAGAUGACAUAUUUGAAUCAAAGAGAGGGAAAAAGAGAGUAAAGUUACAUCCAUACACUGGAAAAGACGUACCUCCUUCUAAAGGCUCCCCGAAGGUGCCUGCGGCUAAGGACUCAGGAGCUGACAGCAGUUGUUCCUUCAUACCGAACGUGUUUUAUAGCCCCAGUAUACUUUUUGUCAUGGUGGUUAAUUUGAAGUUACAAACAUAUGUGGUGAAACCAGUGGGAACGAAAGUGAUGCCGAGUAUCUGCCAAAGAGUGAAUCGCCACAAGCGCUUAGCGCAACUGCAGCAGCCUUCCAAGAGGAACCCCCACUACCAGACCUUAGAGCGCGACCUCAUUGAAUUACAGGAGCAGCAGCUGUUUGAACUCUUUGUGGUAGUGUCUCUGCAGAAGAAACCAUCAGAAAUAAGCUACAGUCCCCAGGUCAUUCAGCAGUUCCCUGGCAAGGGUGAUCAUGGCUUUAAGCAAUCCAAAGACACUGAAGAGAGGCUCAAAGUUAUCCCCAAAUUUUGUUUUCCUGAUUCGAAGGACUGGGCUCCAACCUCGGAACUCAAGAGUGAGACGUUCUCCUUUGUCUUAACUGGUGAAGAUGGGAGCCGGUGGUUUGGUUACUGUAAGAAGCUUUUGCCGGAAGGCAAAGGAAAGCGACUCCCCGAGGUUUACUGCAUGGUCAGUCGCCUAGGCUGCUUCAACCUUUUUUCAAAGAUUUUGGACGAAGUAGAGAAGAGAAGAGAAAUGUCUCCAGCUCUGGUUUACCCCUUCAUGCGAAGUGUCAUGGAAGCUCCUUUCCCAGCCCCUGGACGCACCAUCACAGUGAAGAGCUACCUCCCUGGGGCUGGAGAUGGGUCCGUUGAACUCUGCCGACCACUGGAUUCCCGGCUGGAACAUGUGGACUUUGCAUGUCUCUUUAAGUGCCUGAGCGUGUGUCAUCUCAUUCGGGUCUGUGCGUCUCUCCUUUUGGAGCGAAGGGUAAUCUUUGUGGCCAACAGCCUAAGCACCCUGUCAAAAUGUGGCCAUGCUGUGGUUGCCACACUGUACCCAUUUACCUGGCAGCAUACCUACAUCCCAGUCCUGCCAGCAUCUAUGAUCGACAUCGUGUGCUCACCUACUCCGUUCCUUAUUGGAAUCCUGUCUUGCUCCUUACCACAGCUCCAGGACCUGCCCAUUGAAGAGGUGCUGAUAGUUGAUCUCUGUGCGGACAAGUUCUUACAGGAGGUAUCUGACGAGGAUGAGAUUUUACCACCUAAACUCCAAGCUGCCCUAAUGCAGAUUUUGGAAGAACGAAAUGAAAUUUUGGCUCAGGAGCAGAAUUUCUCACAAGAUGUGACGCUCAACUCUCUGGUGUCCGAAGCAUUUGUCAGGUUUUUCGUGGAGCUGGUGGGACAUUACUCUCUGAACAUGACUGUCACUGAGCGUGGGGAGCGUGUAUUCCAAAGGGAGCCAUUCCGUAAAUCUCACACCUCCCGCAGCGUUCGCCACUUCCUGGAUCUCUUCAUGGAAACUCAGAUGUUUGCAGGAUUCAUCCAGGACCGAGAGCUUCGGAAAAGUGGGGUGAAAGGUUUGUUUGAGGUCCGGGCCUUCCAGUAUUUGGAAACAAUUCCUGAGUCUGAACCCAGUGGGGUGAACAGAAUUUUGCGGAGUCUUGGAAGUAAAAUGAAAUUUCUGCAGAAGAAAUGAAAUCUCCUACUGACUUCUCAUCCUAAAUAGGACAGAAAGUGCCAAAGAAAGUAUUUUUCCAAGAGUCAGGAUGCCCUGAAGUAUUCUACAAAAUCCUUGAAAGCUGAAAAGCUUCCAGAGCGGGCCAGAGUCUUGGAGGAGGAGUCUCCCGUUGCUGCUUUGUAAUCACUGGAGAAUUGUCGGGAGUCAUCUGGAACCAAUGCUCUCUUCACUCUGCCUCUGGUUGUUUUUAAGUGGCCUUUUCUACUUGAUUCUUGGGCUUAUUCUUUGUGUUUUGUGCUUAGGCUGUAAAGGCACUUGUCUUUUAUCAGGGAAAGACUUGGUGUUGCAUUUUUUAAAAAGCAGCUCAAAGAGGAGCACAAUGAGAGAAGUGCUGAGUUCAAGGUACUAGGGAGGCAUGACAGAAGUGGCUAACACUAGCUCUCCAACAUGUAAUUCUCAUCACUGAACUACAUGGCAGCUUUAAACCUAUGGGCUGUUUUCUGUCCAAUGUUCCAUCUAGGGGAGUCUCACUUAUUAGAAGCCCUAUCUAUUAAUACUGUUACUGAGUACCGUGUAAAAGUAGACAUCUUGCAACUCCUCCCCCACACUAUGUGGCACUGGAGUAGCAUGUCCCUCAUGUGUCAACAUGAAACUUUUUAGAAUUACAACUAAUAGGAAAUGUCCUUCCAAGGGCAUGAGAACUACGUUUUACUUUUUUAGUGUCUACCCUGUGCCUUGCACUGUCGUACAUGUGUGUAUGUCAUCUUAGUCUUCAAAUCGACUUUCUGAGAUAUUUGUAUCUCCAUUUUACUAGUAAGAAACUGGAAUUCAAAGGAGUUAAAUAACUUGCCCGAAGUUAUACAAUAGAACCAGGACUGAAGCCAAAACUGUUCGUUGGUGAACACAGAUAAAGCUGGUUGGUCCUAAGAUGGACAUUUGAGCUCUAUGUGAUUGUAGCUAUUGAAAAGUUCUUUUUUAAGCUGAAUUGUACCAGAGCCAACUCAGCUCUGAGGAUAAGGGACUUCAAACUAGAGCUGUCUAGAUGAGACUCUUUUUAGUUCUCCUAGGACUGUUGGGAUUUUUGCUCUAAUUGGAGUCAUGAAGAUGAACAUUACCUGGGACAACACCACAUAAUCACCCUAACCUUUAAGGUCUAAAGCCGCAGUUAGUGAUUGGAAAGAGGAACUUGUCAGUGAUGGUGCCGUUUUCUUUGGUGUUACAGCAAAUGUCAGUUUUCUUCAACUCCUAAUGAUGGUUUUAACUGGCAUAAAAAUAUUUAUUCAAGCUUAACAAAACCUUACAAGGCAUAUGAGGACAUAGUUUAUUGACUUGUACAGUAUUGUCAAUUCACCCAUUCAGGUGUGCAUGGAUGAAUUGAAGCAGACACCAGGUAACCGGUGCUACAUAAUUACUAUAGAUGUGGGUCCAGCAAGUAGAACUGAGCCCAUGUCUUUUUAAAAAUGUUUAUUAAGCAGCUUACCCCAGUGGGGCUUUUACCAGAUAUCUCUCCAUGUGGUCUCUUCUGACAAUCCAACCCGAGGGAACAAUCAGUAACUGGGAAUUGUUUAUAAAAUGGGGGCAGGAGGUAUUAUUGUGGUGGAUCCUGGCCAUCCCUCUGUGAGACCUUUGCUUUGGGGAUGAGGGUCGUAUUUUAUCCCUGUAAGCUGGAGCUGCUUCCUUUUCUUAGGUCUGUUUUGUUUUGUUUUUUGUAAAGUUUUAUGAAUUCUGGACAUGUUUGUAAAAGAAUUGUUCAAGAUGUGUAUAAAAUGUUGUUUACAGUUCUUCUAAUGAAUAAAUACAAAAAUUCUAUGGG